UUUCCUAAGGAGAUCCUAAAUGAACAUGAAUGAACUGUUUGUUAUGGAAUAUGUAAUAAUUUUUGUAAUUUGUGAUUGAUUCAAAUUUAUGACAUUCCAUGGAAAUUUCAGCAGUAAUAGAACAGUAAAACUUCAGUUAUUAUUCGUAGAUUGUAUGUGCUGUUUAUAUUUCAGCUAAUGACUCGUGAAUGUAUCUAUUCUUUCCAACGAGUAAUUAUAAUUGAGAUCCCAACUACUUGUUAAAUAAAUUAACAGCAUAUUAUGAUAUUUAAAAAAGUAUUUGGAACUAUUAAUCAAGAUUAAGAUGAAGCAUGACUCUAAUAUAGAUUGAUUUGGACCUCUAAUCUUCCUGAACUUAUUUCUCAUUUUGUGCUUAAUGCUAAGAUAUUAAAUAAUAUCACUAUGGAGCAGAAUAAUAUAGGAAACAUUAAAAGUUCAAUAUAUGUAGCAAUUUCAUUUAAAAAAUUAUGUUUGGCAACAGUGUCUUUGCCUCUUGUUACCCUAUUAGUCUGUUUCAUUACAGCAUAUAUUUUCCAACAAGAUGAAAUUCAUGAAACACAUUGCAGGGUUUACAAUGUACUUCCAUCAAUCUCAGCUAUUACCGGUGUAUCUCCACAAAGAUACUUGUGGCGUAUAAGCAUAGCAUUACACAUUGGUCCCCGUUUAAUUAUUGCCAGUGUUUAUCACUCGUAUUAUUAUCAAAUGCUUAAAACGAUUGAAGAUGUACCUUUAAGGAUUACAGGAUGUAGACUGCUUAAUUUAUGCUACUGGUUAAAUAUUGCAGAGGUAGCAGCCUUGUGUGGUGUUACAUACAUCUCAAACAAAGAAAAUUAUUCUGUACAUGAAAAGAUCUUUAUUGCUUUCAUGAUUAGCUCUCUUACAUAUAUGUUAAUGGUAAUAAGGUUGAGUCGUCUUGUCACACCAAAUGCACAAAGCCUUUGGUACAAACAGACACUUUUUGUAACAAGUCUUAUUAGUACUAUUGGACUCAUUGUUUUCUUCUUAAAACACAGACUACUGUGCCACGAUUUGGCAUUUAGUUGGUUUUCCUUAUGCGAGUACGUGAUUGCCUCUGCAAAUAUGGGUUUUCACGUUACCGUAGUUCUAGACUUUCCCAUGGAGCAGCUGGUUGUCGGGAAUGGUUUACCUGCCUUAAAGGCAGAUUAACUUAUAAUAUUUUAUACUUAACAUUAAUGUAUUAUUGUCAUCAAAAGUGCCUACUGCCACUGUCUGGAAGUGCUAUUGCCAAAAGUAAAAAAUGUAUUACACUAUGCUGGGUAUCCACUGGCAUAAACUUGGCAAACAUUUCUCAAUGAAAACACGCAUAUAUUGAAUGAAAUCAAAACGUUUAUAAAUAAUUGUUACUGUUUUAGGUGCAUAAUAAUGAUGGUGAUAAUAUUACAUAAACAAAAUUAAGAAUUGAUAGAUUUUAUCAUAGGAUUUUUAUGAUUUUAUCAUUUUAUGUUCGUGUAAACACGUUACUUUUGAGUUUUUUUUCCGAUACAGGAAUAUCACGGUUUAAACCUUUUCUCUCUCUCUUCUUUUCUUUUUAUUAAGAUAGAUUUUUUUAGAAUAUUUAUUAUGUUUACUUAAUAUAAUAUUAAAUACUAAACCUCGACGAAUAUUUACAUGCAUCGUAAAUACUUAAUUUUACUAGAAAAUUUGGAAGCAAAGUAUUUAGAAAUGUUUUACAUGUUUAGUGGAUACACAGUUUACUACUCAUUAUAUUUAAUUUUGAUGAAGUAGUGUCAUCAGAAACUUUACUUUUAAGCUACGAGUGAUUUCUGAACUUAGCAUUUCCUUUUAAAUAUAGACGAUUUUUAGUUAAAGAUACAUCUAUUACUUGUUAAAAGUAAAAAGAAAAAGAACUUUUCUUUAAAUCUAGCGCUUCCAAAGUAUGGCACUGGUAUCUUCCAAGGCAAUGAAAAAUCUUCAAUGGCCUUUUAGGUAGCGGAUACUCAUAGUAAUACCAAAUAAAUAUGUAUCCUACAUACAUACAAUAAUGAAACAUUAAACAGUCCAAAAUAAUUAAAUUACAUAUUGAAAUGACGAGUUUCAAUAUGUACACAUGGUCGAUUUGAAGAAAAAAAGAAAAAAAAAAGAAAUAAGGAGUAUUAUAGGAGGACUUGUUAAUAGUUUUAAAUCUGCUUUCAUAGGUUAUCCUUUUUCCGAAGUGAGAUUUCUAGUCGAUAAUUAAAUCUAGUCUACAUUUUUUAUCUGUUUUUCAAGCGUCUUCAUGUCAUGUUAUACAUCAUGGAUUGCGACGCAUUGUUAGAAUGUAGGAUGCAUUUGUAUUAACAUGUCUUUCGUCUUUAAUGUAGGUACGUUCAUCAAAUGAGUGUACUCAAUUUUAAUUUAAGAUGCAGUAGAAAUGUUAUUUAUCAUUGUACAGCUGUAUAUCAUCGAUCUAUUUUACCGCGCGUAAGCGUACGCGAAUAUUAUGUAAAGAAAAAAGAAAGAGAAAAAAGAGGUAAACAAGAAUAAUACUACCAUAACAGUGGAAGUAACUUACUUGAUAUUCAUGAAACUUUGGUCACGGCAAUAUUAUUUUAGGAAUAUAAGAAUUAAUACCAAUAUUUGUGAUCUUUCAUGUAACACGAUUAUUAACAAAUGAUUGGCAUUUUAAAUAACUCCAAUGGAAAUAGGCAAUUGUAUAAUAUACAAUAUUUCUUGACCAAAACACAAAUAACGUCCAAAAUUAUGGAACAAAUUAACGAAAUUAAUUCGAAUAACUGUUUGUAUGAAAUUUUAUAAUCGAGAAUCUCACCUUCCUUUCCACGAAGAAUAUUAAGUAAAUAAGAGAAAGCUUGUGAUAAAAACUACAUUAUUGUAGAUGUUUGAAAAUCAGCCGUAUAAAUUCGUACGAAUCUGUAUAAUAUGUAAAGACCCGGAAUGGAUACAUAGCGUUACCAAUGAUAUAUUACAUUAUAACGUUCCUUGUACAUUUUCUUUGAAACGUAACUAGUAAUAAUUAGAUUUACACGACACACUGAUAUUUUUUUAAUUUUCGAUCGUUCGAUUAUUGACCAUCAAUAUGAUUGUGUACAUGGUAUUCCACUAAAUAAUUAAGCGACAGUACUUUUUUUACAAUUGAAAUACAGAAAAUUAUUGUCGAACCAGAUACAACAAAGAUAAGUGAUGUACAGUGAAACAAAGCAACAUAUCUUGAUGGUUCCCAUUGUAAGACAAGCAGGUGUUCCUGCUCGUUUUAUUUAUCCGUGCCAAGUGAUAUAUUAAAGAUACUAUAAACGUAUCAUCGAUGCCAUGUAAAUUAAUAUCCACUUACAAAAUACCUUUAAUAAAUCACUUAACACUGAAACGGCUUAGAUGAUUAAUUUUCUUUUUGUUUUAAUUAAUUGUUUAAGUGUAACUGUAUAUUACUCGAUCAUAAAUCAAACACACACGCGCACUGUUAAAAUAUUAUACUGUCGGUAUAAGAAACUAACAAGAAUAAUUUAUUCGACUUAAUGUAAUGUAAGUAGAUAAGAAGCUUUGGUAGAUUGUUGAAGUACUUUAAUCAACAUACGUAAAAUGACAACCAUUGAAAAUUUCAUUGUUAUCAUAAAUUAGAGAUUGAAAUCUAUGCUUAUAGUGUAAGUAUAGUUUUUCGAUGCAGAAGCACCUUGUAUUAUAGCCUGAAUGAUUUUCAAACAAUCUAUCAAAGAUUUUUAUAACAAGUAUUUCACAGUUUGACAGUACCACUGAGGGUUGAUACGAAUGUACCAAGGUGGUAAUCACAAGUUUCUCUAAUUUUAAUCAAAAUAUACGUUAAAUGUAUUACGGUUAAACAAACUUCUGGUUACCAUCUGAUGUGUUACACAACAUUGUAUGCUACUGUUGUCCGUUUCGAUAAUUGAGCUUGUAAAUGACGAAUGGAUGUUAACACACGGUUUAUGUAAAGUAUCGUAUCGGUGCCAGAACACAAUUUGUUGUUGAGGUGUUACUUGGAACGACCUUGACAUGUGUCAGAAUCUUUAUUUAAUUGAUGUCGGCCAGUUGGCACGAUAACACUGUCACGAAUUAGGCUGAACGUCUCCUGCUGCUUGUUUGAGCAGAGGUUCACAUUAAUGUAAUGUAGUACAGAGCAGGUUCUGUAACGGAAUUAAAAUACUGCUCUGAUUGUAACAUAAGUAUCGAGCUCUUUUGCACUUUGCUCCUUCUCACUCUUGGUAAAUUAGAGGAAAUAUGCACACGUUAAAUUAUGAACAAUAACAGAAAGAAAAAAGGAAAAAAAAAAGAAAAAGAAAAAAAGACUCGAUAAAUAAGUUGCAUGCGUUUUAGUACAUCUUUGAGAACAGCUAUUUUCUCUAUCGCAGAAUCUCGUCUUUAAUAAGAAUCGAACAUCACAGCAUGAAAGUGAUUAACGAAAGAAAUUAUUGUGUUAUUGUUACUAGAAUGUUAUUUGUAUUACUUUUUCUAGAGUAGUGGCUCGAUUGUGAGUCGACAUUUUAUGUAAACGUUAUCUACUUGCAAAGUAUAUUUUUUUGUGAAGAGCUUCAAUUUUUAGCUAAUUAGCAAUAAUAACGAGAUAAUAUAUCGAUUCGCACGAUAACGGUAAAGAUGUUUUGUUGUUAUGUAAAAUGCCUUUCUUGAUUUGCAAUCUUGAGAAUCGUUAUUCUGUUUUUUUAUUUUCCUUGAUACUCGGAUCUUUUAGUUUUAGACGAUCGAUAGUUCUGUGAUAAUCGGCACAAAUAGCUGUCUUACGAUAGUGUUUUUGUGUUUGUAAUGUAGCGUAAAAAGUAUACGAUGUAGCUGAAAAGUCUUAGGACACCACGUCGUGUUUGCAAAAUAAAGUUUCAAUUGAAAGUAAAGAUCGAGAACGAUUUCGCUGAAGAAAUACUCGAUUUCAAUAUUUUGGUCGAGUGGUCGACUCUGUGCUUCCAUUAUUAUAUCAAAUAUUGAAUUUUUAACGUAGUUCAACUUAAGAUAUGCCUAGAUAAUAUUUGAAUUUUUAUUUAUUCACUUUCCAAAAUAGUAGUUUUUGUGAAACUCAGUGUCCUAAGAAUUUUGAGCGAUAAUGUACACGUACUGUUUUCUAUAGGGUACCUAAUUAAGCUAAUCUAAUUAAGAGAUAGCAAUAAUUUAGUUAUUUAUGUUUCAAUACUCGUAUCCAGUGUUUAGAUGAUACUUAUUUUUUAUUUAUGUAAGUAAAAUUCGCUCCGGUCCAAGGUAACUUGGCUUAAAAAUAAAGCAUCCAGUUUGUAAAACUUCGCGAUCAAGUAUAACGAUAGUUAAUUAUAUUUCCUUUAAAAUAUUGUAAAUUGGUAAAUGUAGUGUCGAAGAGAGAUAAAUUGACGAUGAAGCACA